AUGAGAAGACUAUUUGAAGCCCGCGGUCCGCGGCACCGCGACUUCGGAUCGCUGCUCAAUCUGGUCACAAACACACUCCCAAAAGAACAACCAAAGCAACCCAGAUCCCAAACAGGAAUGAGGGGGGAAACCACGGGACCGAUCCCGACGACACCAUCCGCCAACCUUCUUCGCUUAACCUCGUCAAUCAUUGCCCAUCGUCUGAACCAUCGAGCUAACGUGCUAAGUAUGCUUCUCAACCGAGAAUUUCCCUCACCGCUCUUCACACCAUCUUCGCCCUGCUCAGCUUCUCCAUUCGAACAUUCGGUAUCAUUUCCUCGUAUUGUCCCGUUCUUCCUCUUGCAUCGGCAUCAUCACUUGCAUCUAUCACAGAAGAACCAUCGAGUUUGGUUUGCCGUCGCGCCGAAAAGGGAACCAAAAAGUAACCUUCUUAUCUGGUCGACUCGAAACGGCAAGGCUGGGCCAACAACACCCCGGCCCGGUGCCGAUGCCGCGCAGAUCAAUAGAUAA